AAAAAGGUGAUGAAUUGUCAUUCAAUGCCCCAAGCAAGUAGGACCUCUUAAGAAGCCAAGUGACCUCCACUUCUCUCCUUAAAUUAGUUUUGGGAUUACCACUUUCGAAAUACUUCAAAUUCAAUCCAUCAAGUUGAUCCCAGUUAUUUGAGAUGAUGGACGGUGAGAAAAGGAAAAACACCAGUCUCGGUGACGUCUCCUUUUCUUCUUACCUUACCACCGCAGAAGAGAUCUUUGUUCAUAACUUUGCAGAACCUGGGAAUAGGAUUAAGCAUCCCCAAGUGGGUGAAAUCAGUGUAUUUGGAGCUGAAAAUUACUUCAAUAUGAAACUCGAUGAUGGUGAUGAUGAUCUGCUGCAUCCGGUGGGUCCACGCCGCUGGCCUGGGACACCCACUGCCAGUUCCGAAGCAAGUUGGAGUAGCCAAAGCGUUUUGCUACCAAGUUUCACGGGGAAUCGAUCCGUAAACAAGCCAAAAAGGGUUGAUGGAAGGAGCUUUUUUUUCUCUAAUCUUAGCUGCACCGGGUCUUGUUCCGAUGGGAAAUCUGUUUACGUCAAUCAGAUUGUUGAUCAUGGAAGGGUUCAUGCGAAACAAGUAAGAAGGAAACUGAUGGAAUCCAAAGAUAAGUUUGAUCAGAAGAGUGUGGGUUCUAACAGAGAAGUGUGUUUCCGAUCGCCGGUUCUGAAACUCAAAACACAAUUGGAUGAUCCACGAAAUUCCCUCGAAGUAUUCGGAUCCACUGCGAUGAAGAAAGGGGACAUAACCAAGAACCUCGAAACGAAACUGUCCUUGUUAACUUGGGAUGCCAUCCCAAAUGCCCCGACCAUUUCAUCUGUUUCGAGAAGUAGCCAAGCAGGCGAUGAUGUCGAAAGCGAUUGCAGUUCAGAUCUCUUUGAGAUUGAUAACAUAUGCGGCGAUGGUCCAGCCGCGUUGUUCGCAAGGCCAAGGCCAGGGCAUGCUUCGGAUGGCAUGUCUAGCUGCAUGACACCACCGUAUGCACCGAGCGGGACCAGCGUUGACUGGAGCGUCGUCACCGCCGGUGCAGCGGACUGCUCAUUCGUUUCGGAUUAUGAUGUAAAGAAACCAAACGCAGUCGCCACCAAAGUGGCGCAAAGAAGCCGAUCAGGCGGGAUACUGGGGUGCAAGAGUCACAAAGCAGUCAUGGUUGCUGAAACUGCAUACACAAGAGACGGAAAAACGAAGAGUCCAAGCAGCAUAGUACCUAAAAAGCUUUUUCCAUACUGAGAUGGGUAAAGCAAUGACGAUUAAGGAAGAAGAUAGCUGAAAUCGUUACGUAUGGACAUAAAUUUUCUUUUAAUCAUGUAGUUAGUUUGUCAAGAAUAUUUUACAUGUGUUUUGGCUUUUCAAGUACUGAUUGUCUAUACAGAAAGUUGAAGUCCAUAUAGGUUUUGUGUCACUAAAAUGCACAACAGCAUGGAAACAUAAGAGGAGAAUGUGAAGGCAAAUUGGGCCCGAAAAAGAAGGUUAAUAGACCUACACUUUGGUCCAAUCAGUUUACUUUUUAUUCAAGUUGCUUUUUAAGAAGCCAUCAUUUUGAUCUUUCCCUUCCUUGAAGAGCCUACAACAACAGACCUCAUUUGCAUUGACAUUUUAUUCACAACAACAUGAAGACACGCAAAAAGUGGGAUUAUAUUUAUUUGUUUAUUUAUGUUGUAAAUAAAAUCCCUAGUCCCACCUCCCGGUUUUGCCAUGUCGUCUUGUCGCUAUGUUUGAUGAAUUACAAUUGCAACCCUUCCAUUAUAUGUAGUAGUUGAACAGCUUAAGCUUUCGGUAUUGCCUUUGUCACUUAAUGUCUUGUUGUUUUCAAACAGUACAUUGCUGUUUUAAUCUUUCUUCAGUUUACACAGUGCAUUGUUGUUUUCAAGCACUGUUUCUUCA